AUGCCUCCAAAACCACGACUUAACGUUCAAAACUUUCCACGUCCACCGCUCCUUGAGAAAACACCUCGCCACCUGAUAGUAAAAUAUCGAGGCCAAACCAUCGCCGAAACAAAUAACGCAUAUUGGGUUUUAGAAACAUAUCAUUCACCCACAUACUACCUUCCCGCCACAUCCCUAUCCCCAAAUUUCAACUUGACCCCAACUACCAAGUCCACCUUUUGUGAAUACAAAGGCUGGGCCACAUAUUACUCGAUUUCAUUACCACCUCCAUUUUCCCCUCUUCCUGUACCUUGUUCCCUUUCGGAUCAAGCUGCUGCACCCGAAUCGAGGGAACAUGUAAUAUCCAACAGAAUAUGGUCUUAUGAAUCUCCUACCCCUCAAUAUGAGGGGUUGAAAGGUUAUUUGAGUUUUUAUGCUGGGCCAUGGGAUUGUUUUGUGGAUGGAGAGAAAGUUAUUCCGCAACCGGGGGAUUUUUAUGGUGGGUGGACCACGAGUGAGUUGGAUGGGAUUAUUAAGGGGAGUGCGGAGACGAGGUGGAUGUGA